UUUUGCUUUAAGCGGUAAACCCCAAUGGCGGGAAAAAGGAAAUGCAAACAUAAGUAGCAAAUCCUCAUUGAUUGCAUUCAUUUGUUCUUUGUAAUGGAUAGUUAUUUGGUUACUUCCAAACCCUCAACGGAAAACCCUAAACUCAAACCAAGGCCGCGUCCAUGGCGGAGAAGCAAUCUCGAAUUGAACGGAAAAUUCGAUCCCAAAUACCGCCACAGUAUCUCUGAUCUCCUCAUGCACUCUUAUGCUGAGAUUGGGGCGUUUUCGCAUUUUUAUCACAUUGAUGGAAAGCCAUGUCAAACUCAUAUGAAUCAGAUUAACAAUGCUGUGAAUUCAGAUCGCCAGCUUCCGUUCCGAAUGCAAGGAAUAUCUGCAAUUGACUUAGACAAUAAGGGAAUAUACAUAGUUUCUGUGACAAAAUCAGGGUGCUUAACCGUUCAUGACUUUGAGACUCUAUAUUGCCAGAGUACUGGUUCGUUGCCACGCUUACUUGAAGAUGAAAGUAAGCAUUUAAUGCACCUCAAUUUGCAACGACAACUUGAUGAUGUUCGGUGGAAUCAUGCUAACCAAGAUGAGGUUGCAUGUACUUCUGUGAAAAGUAAUGAAGUGCUUAUCUUUGAUAUUGGUUACAUCUCUUCUAAACCAGUUGAGGUAUUAAGAACAAGACGCACUCUGUCUGUUCUUGGUUCUGAAGUCUAUAAGGGUCUAUGUGAGAUAGCUUUUACAGCAACUGAUAAUUCAAGGUUAAUUGCCUCAGACACGCAUGGUGUAGUCAAUGUAUGGGAUAAAAGAAAGAGCCCUCUUCCUUCUCUUGAACUCAUUACUGGUUCUCGUAGCACACUCAAUACUAUCCAACUACAUGUGGAUAAUCAGACCAUUUUUGGGGCUAGUAAGGAUGGAAAUAUCUAUAUGUGGGAUCUUCGUGGAGGAAGAACAUCUGCUGCUUUUCAGUGUCAUAAUGAGGCUGGUCUCCCACCUCUAGUAUCUUUCAAGUUGGCCUCAAAGCUGGCAAAGAUUGGAUCUUUAAAGGCACAAUCAGAUAUUGUCCCAAAAGAAAUACACUCCAUUGAUCUUGAUCCUUCUUGCCCGUAUCAACUGGCAUUCCAUCUAGAUGAUGGUUGGUCAGGUGUUUUGGAUAUUUACAAUUUAAGAGUUACGCAUGUUCAUUGCCCUCCUCCAGCUUGGUUGAAUGGAGCCAGCAUAUCAACUGAUCUACUGUACUUGAGAAAACCAUCAUGGCUACCAACAUCUUCUAUUUAUGCGGUAGGAUCAUCAUAUGAUUGUGGCAUACAUAUUUUAGAUUUCUAUCCCGAUACAAGCUCUCCUAGCCAUGUGGACUACAGGGAGGAUGUGGAGAGUUUGUCUAAGAUGAACCACCAAAGAAAGAAAAAUAUUUUUGUUCCAUUGUCUGAAGGUGUUACCACAUGUGCAAGUCAUCCUCUUAAUGGUACCAUCAUAGCUGGGACAAAGCAUUCAUCUUUGCUCGUCGUAUCUCAAACACGCUGGGCAUUUUGAGGCAAAAUUGUGUAAGUGACAAAGAAUGCCCUUAAAGUUAGGUAACUGGUCCCUGUUAGAUACAGAUUUACAGCACAUCAAAGGUGGUCAGAAAGCAGAAAAACAUUAAAGCAGGUAACUUACAACUGUUAAAUGGAUAGAUCUAAACUUGGAUACACAUCAUCUACCUGCUUGAUUGAAAUGCAUACUAGUUUCAUAGACAGAAGUCUUGAGGUCGAAGUCCAAAGGAAUAAUUGGGCCGUGCACUAGUCUCUUCAUAAACACUAGUUUUUCUUAAACACAAGCACUGCUGUAUUAUGUGUAAAUACUAAAUACUCUUUAUCAACCAUUUUAUUCUUCUCUAGCAUUUGAUUGGUAUAAUUGUAUGGAAACUAAAUGAACUUGUUGAUGCAAGUACCUAUUGUACCUAUUGCUUGGUUGUAGAAUAUGUUAGAUUAACUAAACAUUCCUUUAUGCUCA